UAUGAACUUUGCAAACGCCUCGUAUUUCACAUCGCACACUUAUGUUCUGAUAAUGACUGGAAUAUAUUAAAACCUGCUUCGCCUCACCUGAAGAGUGUACUAUUUUGUUAAAGUAUGCUAGAGAUUCAGCAAAAGCGACCUUAUCCAUCCGAAUACAAUACAGAAGAUACUAGAUGUCUUCAAACCCAAGUCAGAGUGUUCAAACGUUGGGUGAAUGCAUUACUAAAGCAGGCAAAUGCCAAAGAAAUCAAUGAUGUAUUGGAAAUAUUCACUGAUCAUGAAAAUUUGUAUAAUUUAUGCAAAUAUUUAGCCAGUCAAAAAGUAGCGUGUAGUAAUCAGACAUUCGCAGAUCAUAUUCCUCAUCUGGAACGUGCAAUAACCAUUCUAGAAAAAUUAUACGGGUUGCAUGAUAGUGUUGAAUGUAUAAAAGAUUAA